AUGCCAUUUGGGAAUCCUUCUGGAGUUCCAACGUCCAACGAAGAUGUCAUGCUCGUUGUUGAACAAGCUCGUCAAAACAAUCCGAAAACAUUCAGUGUGUGGGGUAUAUUGUUUGCGCAGGCAACAGACCGACCAAUCAUAGUGCCUAUCUUCCUAGACAAAGGAAGAACUCGUUUGAGGUCCAUUGAUGAUCUCAAUUUGAGACACUAUGUCCGGGAAAAUGGGAUUGAAGUCGAUUAUAUGAUCGAUGGUAGUUCCACUCGCCAAACAUUUAUCUCUGGCAUAUAUGCUUACACUGUCAUUCGCGAUCAUCACGAGGUUUUCAAUAAUCUCCCAAGCAUGCUCUUGAAUGGACCAAUAGUCAAUUCACAAGGCUAUCAAUAUUUGCCAAUGACGCCCCCUCGUAGCAACAUCCUGGUCAUCAAACAUGCCGUUUCUUCUACUUUUGAACCCAAGGACAUGCAACGCAGAGACCUCAAACGUGUUUCUGAACUAUUAAUAAAAGCGGAUGAAGCCGGCAAUCUAUUCAACAACAUUCUCAGAACAUCGCCUAACUUUUGA